AUGCGGCUCCUUUUCCCAAUUACCGCUAGUACUCAAAAAUUUGCUCUUAGUAGCCUGAGCCGUCUUGUCUUCUCUGGUAUUUUACUAUGUACACUUAUCUUAGCUCUUGGUGGUUUAGUUACAAGUUCGAAUUUCCGUGAACAGCGCAAAAGCAAGAUUUAUGGAUACCAGAACGCCAUCACGAAGCGAUCAAGUAUUCUGCCGUCCAAUGAGCGGAAUGAUUGCACAAUGGUUCAUGAAGUACAAGAUAAAUGCGCCUUUGUUAGAAGUAAUUGCCGAGACGAAGAAGCCGGACUUUUCUCCUAUCUAUCUUUAUACUAUUGCUACUUACCAAAUGCUCCAAUUUUGGUUUUCAUAAUUCUCUCUACAUGGCUAGCUUUAUUGUUUACGACUAUCGGAAUCGCAGCAUCCGAAUUUUUCUGUAUUAACCUGAGUACCAUAUCUUCCAUACUUGGAAUGAGCGAGAGUUUGGCUGGAACAACUUUUCUCGCGUUUGGAAACGGCAGCCCGGAUGUAUUUUCAACAUUUGCAGCUAUGACCUCCCAUAGUGGAGGCUUAGCUAUUGGAGAAUUGAUAGGAGCUGCAGGAUUUAUUACGGCUGUAGUAGUUGGCUCUAUGGCGUUAGUUAGAGAGUUUAAGGUCGGGAAGAAAACUUUCGUUCGUGAUAUCGGAUUUUUUAUUGUCGCAACGAUUUUCACCAUCAUAAUGCUAGCAGAUGGCCUGCUCUAUUUCUGGGAAUGCUGUGUGAUGGUUGGCUUCUACAUAUUAUAUGUAGUGAUUGUAGUACUCUGGCAUUGGUUACUUGGAAUGAGACGCAAAAGAAGAGAAAGGGAAGCUGCUGCUCGUGGCCAUUAUUUGGCAAUAACAAAUGAAGAGAUAGCGGUGGUAACCGAAACGUAUGAUGAUGAUACUUCCAUCCCGGAGAGACGACGCAGAGAUACUGAUACCGUCGACUUCAACGCUUUAGAACAAAGAUUUGUCCCUGAAAUCACUGCCUUCGAGGAUGAAACUGAAGAGGAAUCCAGUCAAGCGAUUAGGUUAGCCGCUGAAAUGUCGAGUAAUAUGCGGGUCACACGUCCAAAAGGCUCUCGCAACAAUACGAUAACGCCAAUAAGACCAAGUUUAGUAGGAGCUCUAGAGUUUCGAUCUGUUUUAUCAUCUUUCGAGCUUAAGUCAAAGCAUGUCAACAGUCAAUUAAUCUACCUUGAUCAAUAUUCGGAUGAACCCAAUCCAACAAAUCCAUAUGUGGACGAAGAUACAAGUUCGGUAAACCAUGCCAAAACUCUUGAUUCCUUCUUUCCUGAAGUACGGACAAUGUCACCCAACAAUAAGCCAAUUGUUACCGCUGUAGAAAUUAAGAAUACGGUGGCUUUUAGCAACACAACUAUCCCGGAUAUUGGGGUAGCUGGAGCAACACCAACAUCUCGGAAAGGUAUUGAUCUACUUUUAGAUACAAAGAUGUGUCAGUCACCGUUUCCGUCAAUAUCUUACGCACCGUCACCACAAUCAGAAAGCUCCGACAACCUAAACUCUGCUCUCUCUCGCACGAGUCAACGACGUGAGACCCUUGCUCCACCAGAUGCCAGCUCUACUGGGGGUAUGUUUCUAACCACCAACAUUUCAAAUCGAAGCUUGAAUCCCACAUGCCCGGACUUGUUAAAAGAUUCUACGAAAAAGCCACCUCACGCUGCUAGAAAUUCUCGAGGCCAGUUUUCAUCUAGAGAUAGCUCACCCUCUUCAAAAUCUCCCACAUUACCGUUCCCCACUUAUAUUGAUCCUCAUCAUGAGUAUUCUAAUCAAAAUUCAACGGCUCCGAGCUUCAUAUUUCCUCAAAGAGACAGAAGUCCACAAACUCCGGUUGUUGAAUAUCCUCAAACAUGCCAAAACAAGUUGCUAAGCUGGCGAUUACACCAAAGUUUUCCAAGUCUCUCCAUUCUUGCACAUACUCUGUUCCCCACACUGUGCACAUGGAGAGAUAAAACCAUUUGGGAAAAGUUCGUCAGCGUUGUAUCUGCACCAAGUAUUUUUUUGCUAACUAUAACUUUGCCUGUUGUGGAACAAGUCUUGUCAGAAACCACUAUCACCAAUAACACAAAUUUUGAUUCAUUUCUUGAGUCCAAUAACCCUUCAAGAAAUCCAAAGAAGAGAACAACUGUCUCCACUUUAGCUCCUAAGAACUCUUCACAAUUACCAGAGAUAGAAAGACCUAUUCAUAAAAGAGCCGUAGAUAGCCGGAGUUUAAUGUGUCAGAAUCAGUUAUAUCGAAAUCAUUCGUAUGGCCCUACUGGUGUGGAUGAAUUAACUCAUCAACCCCUUACAUCUCUUUAUUGUGCCAGUGAAAACUUAAUAGGUCAUUUGGUGCAAGAAAAUACAGAAUUAGAUCCCACUCUCACUAAAAACUGGAACAGGUGGCUAGUCUCUCUUCAGAUAUUUACUGCGCCACUUUUUAUGGUUAUAAUUUUAUGGGCGAAUAGUGCUGAUAAAAAUAUAUUUAUUCUAAUAAGGAUGAUAUUCUGUUCCUUUAUUGGGUCUAUACUCACGUAUCUAAUCCUUUUUCUUUAUACCUCACCAAAUAAAGAACCAAAAUAUCGAUUCCUUCUAUGCUUUCUAGGAUUUGCUGUCUCUAUAGCUUGGAUAUCCACUAUCGCAAACGAGGUGGUAGGGGCUCUCAAAGCGGUCGGAGUUAUCUUAGGCAUAUCAGAUGCCAUACUGGGUCUCACGAUUUUCGCCGUUGGUAAUUCUUUAGGUGAUCUAGUAGCAGAUAUAACUGUGGCACGACUUGGGUAUCCAAUCAUGGCACUCUCAGCCUGUUUUGGUGGUCCAAUGCUCAAUAUACUGUUUGGUGUUGGUUUAAGUGGUAUUUACAUGACUGUAAAGGAAUCAACCACAGAAGACGUCGGGCACGUACCAUAUGAGAUUGAAAUAAGCACUACUUUAAUGAUCAGUGCAUUUACGCUGCUCGUUACUCUCCUUUUACUCUUAGUAGCAGUCCCCCUGAACGGAUGGAUCAUCAGCCGGCGAAUUGGAUGGGGGCUCAUAAUACUCUGGUCAACUAGUACUGUCGUGAAUCUAAUAGUAGAGGUGAGUGGUAUCGGGAAAGAUUCAAAUCGUGAAUUGUGA